GGUGGCCCAGGGAUGCAGCCCCCACGAGAACAAAGUAAACGUCUGCAACAGACCCAAGCCCAGGUGGAUGAGGUAAAUAUCUUAUAACUCAAUGUCAAGUAGAUAAUCCUCACAUGAAUAGAUUUUUGAAUACUGGUUUGCAAGAAAGAUAAGCUGACAGUAUCAACACAGGCCGCUGGACAUUAUUUCAGAAGACCUCUUCUUUCCCCCUUGCCAAAUUGAAGUAAAAAAGGCUGAUUAUGUGGGAAAGAAAACUCUGUGAAAGAACAAGCAUAUGCACUAAGGGGGUCGGUUUGGUCAGAUUAGUAGUUAAAAGAACAUGAUUGUAGAGCUGCUCAUCAAUCUGAUUACAUAUUUUUCAUUUUGUUACUAAGCCAUAUAGUAAAUCUUCAUGGCCUUCAAAGUGGAGGUGGUACAGCAUGCUAAAAAGUGGGUACACUGUGAGACAAUAGGCUCACACACUGGGAGUCUCCCUGUUUUUAUUAAAUCUUGUAUGAUGGAAUUGGCUACAAUGCAUUUGUGUAUGCUUAAAUGUUAUUUUAUUAUCUCAGGUUGUAGACAUUAUGCGUGUCAAUGUUGAAAAAGUGUUAGACAGAGAUCAAAAGAUUUCUCAACUGGAUGAUAGAGCAGGUAAACAUCUAAAUUGUGUUAUACUGUGCAAUGUUUUAAUGUAAAUAAAUGUAGCAGCAAGGGCUUACUGUGGUUAAUAUUAAAUCUCAGUCAAAUACCUAUGUAGUAGCUAGUUCUGUGUCUCCCUUUAUUAGGAGCAGAGCUGCACCUUCCCCUUCUUGUAAAUUUCAUUUACUAAUCAUCUGGGGAAAAUGUAGUAUAUGUGGUUUAAAGAUGACUUCUCAGUACUCCUACUCUUACCAUUGCCAUACAGUCUCCAAUGAUCAAAUAAACAGAAUCUGAAUAAAAGGAAUGGUCCUUAACAUGAUGAAAGUUCUUCACAUCAGCCUCCAUUACUGACUAAGAAAAAAUAUAUCAUAUCUCUUCUAUAAGUUCUGCUGGAUUUUGAUGGUUGUUAAAUCAAAAAAUGUUGUUCAAUGACCUAGAUAUCAGUUGUUUUUUUAAAGCUGAUUUCUGAUUUUGCCUAUGAAUUACCAUUGUGAUUAUUAUCAAGAGAUACAAUACUUAACAUAUAUCAUUUUAAGUAUGUAAUGGGAACCAAUAUUUGUGUUAUUGCUGUAAUGUAUGAGUUAAUGCAAAAUAUAUACAUUUGUGACAAAUGAUAAUGAAAGUUUUAAUUUGCUAUGAAUUGGUUAGUUCCUGGUUAUUGUUAUAAGCAAAACAGCUAAAAAAUCAUUGUUAACAUUUGAAUCCAACAGAGGCACUUCAGGCUGGUGCAUCACAGUUUGAAGCCAGUGCUGGCAAACUAAAACGGAAAUACUGGUGGAAAAAUUGCAAGGUAAUAUUUAUUAAUUAUUGA